AUGCUCAGGUCCAGUGUCGGAGGUCAGGGCGAGCGUCCGGCGGCCAGAAGGGAGAAGAUGGCUGUGGAGUAGCGCGUCACCUAGGAAGAAAUUAAGAAGGAGCCAGAGAAGCCAAUCGACCUGGAGAAGACACGUCCGCAGCUGCUGCGGGUCUUCACCACCAACAACAGCCACCGCCACCGCAUGGAUGAGUUCUCCGGCUGCAACGUCCCAUCCAGCGAGCUGCAGAUGUACACCUGGAUGGAUGCAACCUUGAAAGAACUAACUAGUUCAGUAAAAGAAGUCUGCCCAGAAGCUAGAAAGAAGGGUACACACUUCAAUUUCACAAUUGUUUUUAUCGAUCUUAAAAGACGUGGCUAUCGAGUUAAGGAGAUUGGCAGUACCAGGUCUGGCAGAAAGGGGAUAGAUGAUUCCGUGACUUUAAAUGUUGACUGUUAG